AGUUCUAAACUUCACUCUUUCAUAAAAAUUUUGUUUAAAUUUCACUUUUAAAGUGAUUUAAAUCGAAAAAAACUAAGCACUGUUUGUGUUGACGUCUGCAAAAUUGACCACACUGAAAAUCUUGUAAAUAGUGAAAUGUGACACUCAUAAUUCACGCAUAUUUUAUGCUUUAAAUUAAAUAAAAUUUCAGAAGUUUUAUGUUUAUCUGAUACGUAAAGAGCUUAAUAUUUCAUAUAGAACUUAAAUAUAAUUAGAAAGCAAAUAUUUAUAAGAUUUUUGAUAUGUCCCUUUUAUACCCAUAUUAUGUCUCGAAAAGCACUUUGUCCAGAAAUACCACACGUUACCCUAUGUUUUAACCCUUUUUUAGAUCAAAUACGUCAAUGAAAAUGAUCUUUGCUUUGAGACUUUAAAUAAUCUCAGUUGUUCUUUUUAUCACAAUUUUCUUAAUUAAUGCCGUUAAUUGUUAAAAAUAGGGGGGAGCUGGGGCUACUUUGAGCUGUGGGGCUAGAUUCUUAUACCUACUCUUUCGUAUAUUUCUAAUGGAAGCGAGGCCUUAUAAUAAAUUAUUUUAUUUAGUUCCGCAAUCGUAUUGUAAAGCUAAAUUAUGUCACGAUAAAGCCAAGUUUCCUUUAGAAAUGAAUGAAAAAAUCGCAUAUCAAUGUAGCUCCACAGCUCACCCCCUCCCCUUAUUUGAAAAAUCUUCAAUUAAUACAUUAUAAUUUCAUGAAUGAGUAUCUUCUGUUAUGGACUAAUUUUUGAGAAGCACUGAACUAGUAAACAUUUUUCUAUUCGUUACAUUCAUCACUUAAAUUGUUGUGUAUAACAUGAAUGGUUGAUAUUCAAUUGGGAUUGUUUUACGGAAAAUUACACAAAAAUUCACACAAAAUUAUUGACAUUACUCUCAUGAACAGUUUUGGGGAAGCAGUUAUGUGGGAGAAAAUUAGAAGAGAAACUGGUUCUGGGGGUUCUGGGAUAUACAUAUAUAGGAAAUUCUUGAAUGGCUUGUGUGAAACACUCCUUCUUGUCUUGCAAUCAAUUCAUCGAAUGAUUCUAAAUCAUGGAGCAAAUAUUGGAGAGUAAUAUUAGAGUUAUAACAGUGCUGAGAUUGUGGUUGCACAUUGUGAUUUCACGACUGAUUGAGUGUAUUGUGUUGCGAAGGAGGGAGAAGCGAUAGAUUAGGUGGUCGCCACUGAUAACACUUUGCCACUUUUUAUCCAAGAUUCAGUUGAUUUUGGGGAGGAGGUCGCGCAACAGGUGGUUCGUUUGAGUGCCAAAAUUUUGUUCCGAUACUCCAUUCAGGGGGUUUAUUAUACCGUUUUUUUUUUCGGGAGUGGCAGCAGUCAAAGGACCUCCGAUUUCUGGUUUUGGCCCAGGGUCUAAGGUUGAACAAAUAUCAAACACCUGUGGCACCCGUGUAUUAUUUGGUCGAGUGCGCGGAAAUUACCAACUCAAUGUGCUUCACAACAGACCUGAAAAUAUGUUGCUUUUUGUAGAAUAAUUGUAUUUGGCCAACUCAUUCUUACACAGUGAAUUGAAGAUAUAUUGAUGUUGUGUUCUGUGAGGGAGGAAGAGAAAUGAAAAGUCUCUGCGUAUUUCGAAUUGAUGUUUCCAAGCUUGCCCAGGGCAAUGGGAAGUUUUUGUGAAAAGGGUUGAAUUGAUUUUGAAUUUCAUUUGAAAAAAAAAAGAAUAAAUUGAUGCUCAAUGUCAAUUAAAGUGCAUUGCUUCUGCAAAAAAGAGGGAUUCAGUUGCAUUUGGCGUGGAAAAGUGCAGAUGAAUUAUGUCACUUUCCGUUGGAACAGUCUACACGAGACCUUGGUUCUGGAAGAAGGGAAAUCGCGUCGCAGUUCAAGGAGAUUCCCUCACAAUCCACAUCGGAGGCGAUCAGAAUGACAAGAAGGCCUUCGCUAAGCGCAAAAAUCGCAUCAAAUCCACCAAAUAUACCCUCAUCACCUUCCUACCGCAGAAUUUACUCGAGCAAUUCCGCCGAAUUGCCAACUUUUACUUUCUUGUCAUGACCACAAUAGCACUUAUUAUUGACAGUCCGGUAUCUCCCCUGACAUCACUAAUACCUCUGGUGUUCGUCAUAUCCGUGACUGCUAUGAAGCAGGGCUAUGAAGACUACCUACGUCACAGGGCAGAUAAUAUGGUGAAUUACUCACUUGUCACAGUUAUUCGGAAUGGGAUUGAGAUGGAUAUCAAGUGCCAGAACAUCGUUCCGGGUGAUCUCGUGAAAGUUGUGCGAGAUUGCGAUGUUCCGUGUGAUUUGGUUUUACUCAAAUCCUCAGAUCCUCAUGGGAAGUGUUACAUUACAACGGCUAAUCUCGAUGGUGAGUCAAAUCUCAAAACACUUACUAUUCCUAGAGGAUUGCCCGGAGUGGAUAUUGAUCGUCUGCGAACUCUGGGGAUUAUUGAAUGUGAGUAUCCAGUAACGGAUCUCUACUCCUUCAACGGACGUAUUGAACUAUCUGAAAAUGUGGUUGGUCAGCGAACAUCCGCUGUACCAGAUCUUAAUCUGGUCAACAACAAUGUUUUGCCCCUAAUGGCAGAAAAUUUGCUGUUGCGAGGAUCUCGAGUGAAGAACACAGAAUGGGUCAUUGGAUGUGCAGUUUAUACUGGUCAAAUGACAAAAUUGGCACUGAAUAGUAAGGUGACCAAGUAUAAAAUGAGCUCAAGUGAGAAGUUCAUCAAUAAGUUCCUGAUAUUCUUUCUCAUUUUACUUAUAUCUAUCGUUACCAUCUCUUAUUUCCUGAAGAGAUUUUUUGAUAUGUAUCGGCAAGAGCACAAUUGGUAUCUUGGUGAAAUGGUUGCUAACUAUCAAAUUUCACAGUUCCUUCAAGAUUAUUUCUCGUUCCUAAUCCUCUUCAACUAUUUGAUCCCAAUUUCACUUUACGUCACUAUAGAAGUGCACAAGUUUCUUGGUUCCUUCUAUAUGGAGUGGGAUGAGGAGCUAUACGACGCAGCAACGAAUCAACCUUGUAUCGUCAAUACUUCUGAUCUCAAUGAGGAACUUGGCCAAGUAGAAAUCCUCUUUUCGGACAAAACGGGUACUCUUACGAAGAAUGAAAUGAUCUUCCAACAAUGUUCUAUUAAUGGUCGAAAAUUUAUGCAAAAGAGAACAGGAUUGCUUGAGGAAGGAAAGCAUUUAAUACUGAAACUUCCGGAAUUUAAGGAAGAUAUCUUUGGCUUCUUUGAAGCCCUAUCAGUGUGUCAUACAGUUCAAGUGGCCGGAUGCGAAGAUGCUGAUGUUGAAGCUUCGCAUGAUAUGCCACUAAUACAGAGCGAUGAGACUGAUCAUAUCACAGCUAGUGCCUUCACAUUUGGUGAUAAUUUCACGGAUAUCAGUGAGGAACGCGAAGAAUCACCAAUUCUCGAGAUUAAUGGUGCAAACGGUGAGGCGGUCAACUACAGCGUUAAUGGUGACAUGAAUCCACUCUUAAAUAACCAAUCAACUGACACCGAUCAACAUUUUCUAGGCUACAAUAAAUCCCUCCACCAUCACAAAGUCCAACUCCUUCCCUCACGUCCGUCCAGCGAACACCUACCCAAUGUAGCAGCUCUUAUUAUGGAGAGCAAACCCAGGCCAUAUAGUGCUGUUGGUAUGGAUAAUGCCAGCUUUACCAACAUGCACGAGUUCACCUUCACGCCACAACCGCUCAGCCGACCCAACUCUCAUGUUGACCUCAAGAGAACCAUUUCCACAGACGCAGAGCAUCACAAAACGCACCGACGGACGCAGUCCUACAAUCUCCCACCUAACAAAGCCAAUGCAGCUGUGUCUGUUGUCAGGACACCAUCCAAGGUGUCGAGGCAGUCAAGUGUGCGAAGUAUUGUAUCCCAAAUGAAUUCCAGGGAGUCUUACGCAGCUCCACAGCACACAGAAGCAGCCAAAAUUGAGAGGAAUGAAUCAAUUUACAGAAGAGGAGUUAUUCAAUCCGUCAUUGAACAAUUGGAUUAUCAGGCAUCGAGUCCAGAUGAGAAAGCUCUCGUGGAAGCAUGUGCCAAAGUAGGAUUUGUUUACACCGGCGACGAUGAUGAUGUUGUGACGGUGAAAGUGAAGAAGUCAGUUUUCCGUGGGGGAAAGGCCCGAAACGUUGAUACUCUGGAUUCUGUGAAGAGAAUUUUCAAAGCAGACAAUUCCACCAUUAUGAAAUUCACGCGACUUCACGUAUUGGAAUUCACGUCAGACAGGAAAAGGAUGAGUGUGAUUGUACGUGAUCAAAAGGGACAAAUUUGGCUGUAUACCAAGGGGGCUGAAAGUCAUGUUUUGCCACUGUGUGAUAAGACACCACGUCAAUUGAUUACCGUGACCCAAAGUCAUAUCAAUGACUUUGCCAAGUUGGGUCUUCGAACUCUGACUGUUGCUCGUAGAAAAAUUACAAAUUCUGAGUACAUCGAAUUUUCCAAUGAAAUAACUCAGGCCAAUAAUUCACUAACGGACCGAAAGGCUCUUGUAGAUAACUGCCAACAGAAAAUAGAAAGAAAUUUAGAACUACUUGGAGCGACGGCUGUAGAGGAUGCAUUGCAGGAUAAUGUGAGAGAUACAUUGGAAGCUCUACGACACGCUGGUAUUAAAGUUUGGGUGCUGACAGGGGAUAAGGUUGAGACUGCUUUGAACAUUGCUUUAUCCUGUGGUCAUAUACCAGAUACUGCCAUAAAGCACUUCAUUGUUGAAUGUCAGAGCCCUGAGAAGCUCGAGGAACAGCUCGAUAUUUUUGAAAAUGAACUGAAUCGAAACAAGGAUCAAGUAUUCGCGCUGUUGAUUGAUGGUGGCAGCCUGGCUUUUGCUCUCUCUCACUUUUCAGAGCGCUUCCGGGAUCUCUCAGUGCGAUGUAGAGCUGUUCUUGGUUGUCGCUUGAGUCCACUGCAGAAAUGCGAGGUGGUACAUUUAAUGAAGACAGUGGCUGGUCAUCCAAUUACUGCAUCCAUUGGCGAUGGUGCAAAUGAUGUUUCGAUGAUCCAAGAGUCACAUGUAGGAUUGGGAAUUGUGGGAAAGGAGGGCCGACAGGCUGCCCGAUGUGCUGAUUAUGCUUUUGCCAAUUUUUCAAUGGUUAAACGAAUGCUUCUUAUGCAUGGACACUACUUCUCCCAAAGAUUAUCUCUUCUUGUUCUGUACUUCUUCUACAAAAACCUCGUCUUCAUGAUGAUCCAGAUGUACUUCCAGAUCAACAGUAUGUUCUCAUCACAGUCCAUCUACGAUUCGCUUUUCCUCACUCUGUAUAACGUCGUGUACACUGCUCUUCCUAUCCUUGUUAUUUCGCUCACCGAGAAAGUCUACCCCAUGAACAGACUGAUGAAUGAACCACCGCUUUAUAAGAAAAAUGUGAGAAAUAAGAGGCUGCAGUGGAAUUUUUUCUGUGGUUGGAUGCUUUUGGCUGUUUAUCACUCCUCAAUUGUCUACGUGGCCGGAUAUUUUAUGUGGGUGAACAAUCCUGCCAUUCUCACCACACCACACGUUGUGAAUUUCUACUGCUAUGGCACUUUCAUGAUUCAUAAUGUGGUGAUAUUGGUAAAUUUGAAGCUGUGGCUUUCGUCCGUGUAUCAAUCUUACUGGUUCAUCUUCACCAUCUGGCUCUCCAUUGCUGCAUUCGUCCUUACCACAUUCAUCUAUAACCUUUUCAAUCUAUCCCUUUUCAACGGCGAUAUGCUUCAUGUGUAUACAAAUCUCUUAUCGUCGCUUACCUUUUGGCUGCUGUGUAUUGUGGUGGUUGUUGCCGCGCUCAUUCCUGACUUUACAAUCAAAGCCCUCCAAGCGCUCAACAUCAACUGCGGAUCAAUAUUCCCGGGCCCAAAACUGCCCACCACCUCCAAAACCCGAUGCACCUUCUUCGAAAUGACGCGACUCUAAAUUUCAGGAAACUACUGGCGAUUUCCUUUGCACAAGAGAACAGGGAACAUGACGUGAUUUUUAGUAAUUUAACUCAAGCAAUUAAUAUUAAGAUGAACGUUUCGUUGAUUAAUGAGUGUGAAAUCUAGUGAAGUGAUUGAUUUUAUACCUAAGAUGUUACGCUACUACUGUGUACAAAUAGUAAUGUGUGGGAAAUGAGCUACAAUCAUUUCCUCUGUUAAUUUUUUUUUUGUAAUAGUUACCAAAAAGCAAAGUGUAUUAUUAGAAAAUAGGAAUAUUGUACAUAUAUGUUUGAUCCCAGUGAGAAAAUAAAAGCCUCUGGAGGACAA